AUGGCGCUGGCGCUGAAGAUGCUGCCCUGCAAGAAGCGCCGGGCGGCGGCGGCGGCGGCGCCGGAGGACGCGGAACCGCCGGGCCCCGGGGACGGCGGCGAUGGGAAGGUCCCCAAGCUGUUCACAGAGGUGGAAGUGAGUUCCCAGAGGGACCCCUGUCCCCCUGAAAACCCCGAGUCUCCCGGGAGGAGCUCCCUGCAGGUGGCUGGAAGGAAUCCUGCCGCGACGAAGCCACCGAAGAACCCCAGGCCUGAGGAGCAGGACGGGGAGGACACGGAGAGGAGGAAGAGGAGGAGGAAGGCAACCAAAAGGAAAAGAGAAGGGAAGAGCCAGGAGGAGGAGGGGGCUCUGUCCUGUGACAUCAAGCUGGACGACACCCUGGACCGCACCUUGGAGGACGGGGCCAAGCAGCACAACCUGACCGUGGUCAACGUGAGGAACAUCCUGCACGAAGUGAUCACAAAUGAGCACGUGGUGGCCAUGAUGAAAGCAGCCAUCAGUGAGACAGAGGAUAUUCCUCUGUUUGAGCCCAAAAUGACUCGUUCCAAGCUGAAGGAAGUUGUGGAGAAAGGGGUGGUGAUCCCCACGUGGAAUAUUUCCCCCAUCAAGAAGGCGAACGAGGCGAAGCCACCUCAGUUUGUGGACAUCCCCCUGGAGGAGGAUGAUUCAUCUGAUGAGGAAUACCAGCCUGAGGAUGAGGAUGAGGAUGAGACUGCAGAAGAGAGCCUGCUGGAGAGCGACGUGGAGAGCACGGCCUCGUCCCCCCGCGGGGCCAAGAGAUCCCGGACGUGGCGCUCGUCAGACGAGGAGGGGGGCACUCCCUGCGAGGUGGAGAAGGUCACCCCCCCUGUGGUGAGGCACAUCAGCGCCGAGGUCGUCCCCAUGGGGCCUCCCCCACCUCCCAAACCCAAGCAGAGCAAGGACAGCACGUUCAUGGAGAAGCUGCACGCCGUGGACGAGGAGCUGGCCUCGAGCCCCGUGUGCAUGGACUCCUUCCAGCCCCUGGAGGACAGCCUGAUUGCCUUCAGGACCCGCUCCAAGAGGCCCCUGAAGGACGUGCCCCUGGGGCAGCUGGAGGCCGAGCUGCGCGCGCCCGACAUCACCCCCGACAUGUACGACCCCAACACGGCCGACGACGAGGAGUGGAAGAGGUGGCUGGGGGGGCUCAUGAACGACGACGUGGAGAACGAAGAUGAAGCUGAUGAUGAUGAUGACCCCGAGUACAACUUCCUGGAGGAUCUGGACGAGCCGGACACGGAGGAUUUCAGGAACGACCGUGCUGUGAGGAUCACCAAGAAGGAAGUGAACGAGCUGAUGGAGGAGCUGUUUGAGACAUUCCAGGACGAGAUGGGUUUCUCCCACGUGGAGGACGAAGGCCCCGAGGACGAGGACGUGGUCACCGAGCCCCGGCCCAACUUCAACACCCCCCAGGCUCUCAG